UUAGCAGACCACGCAGCAAAAUGGCUGCACCGAUGAACAACGUGGAGGAGAUCCGGAGUCGGGUGAUCCUGGAGGAAUUUGGCGUUAAAAACGUUCAUACAACAGAUUUUCCUAGAAACUACCCGGGUUAUGACGACUCUUGGGACUUGGAGAAAUUUAAAAAAAACUUCCGAAUCGAUGUGGUGAGUCUGGAUGAGAACAGUAUGGAGUUCGACAUGGUGGGGAUCGAUGCUGCCAUCGCCAACGCCUUCAGGAGGAUCUUACUGGCCGAGGUGCCCACCAUGGCUAUAGAGAAAGUGUUCAUCUACAACAACACCUCCAUCGUCCAGGAUGAAGUCCUGGCCCAAAGGUUGGGCCUCGUCCCCAUCAAAGCCGACCCUCGUCUGUUUGAGUUCAAGAACGCAGGUGAGGAGUCCACCCAGGAAGAUGCCUCAGAAAUCGACACCAUCCAACUGCAGUUGAAGAUUAAAUGCAGCAGGAACCCCCGAGCCAGCAAAGAUUCGUCAGACCCGCGGGAGCUGUACCUAAACCACAUGGUCUACUCCAGGGACAUCCAGUGGGUCCCCCUGGGGAACCAGGCCGACGUCUUCGCCGACUGCAGCAUCCGGCCCGUGCACGACGACAUCCUGAUAGCCCAGCUGCGGCCGGGGCAGGAGCUGGACAUCGUCAUGCACUGCGUCAAAGGAGUCGGAAAGGACCACGCCAAGUUCUCCCCGGUGGCCACAGCCAGCUACCGCCUCCUCCCCGAGAUCACCAUCCUGGAGCCCGUGGAGGGAGAGAAAGCCGAGCGCCUCAAGCGCUGCUUCUCCCGGGGAGUCAUCGACCUGGAGGAGAACGUCAACGGGAAAAAGGUUGCCAAGGUGGUUAACAGUCGCCUGGAUACCUGCAGCAGGGAAUUCAUCCGCCACAGCGAUCUGAAGGACCUGGUGAAGCUCGGAAGAGUGCGGGACCAUUUCAUCUUCACCGUGGAGUCCACCGGCAGCCUGCCCCCGGACGUUUUAGUCACGGAGGCCAUCAAAGUCCUCAUGGCCAAGUGUCAGACUUUCCUCAAUGAACUGAACUCUGUUGACAUGGAGUGAAGUGAUGACGGAGCAGCGGCUGCUCGUGGGACGACUGCCCAGGAAACGAGCAUCGCUGGAUAUCCAGACGGCAGAUUUAGUUGUGGGAGGUGGACGAGUAGGGAUGCACUCGGUCAAGAAUGUCACCAAUAACACAUGUAUUAAUGGUUUUGCUCAUUAAAACAUCAUUUGAAGCAUGUUAAUUUGCAUAAUGGGAUCAAACCCCUCAAAGUAUCCCGGUUAAAACCUCUGUUACUGUUGAGUUAUAUCAGUAGAAGAUGAGCGGAAACCACAAGUUAAAGAUCAAAUACUCUUCUUUUUUUUUUGCAGUUUUUUUUAAGUUGGGUCAGGGGAGGGUUUUUUUUAGACUUAUUUGACUCAAUGUACUAACACCUGUGGUGUCUGUGGGUUCAAAUGACUCUUUCCAGGUAAAUAAAACCACUUUUUUUCCUAUUUGUGUGUUUCCACUCUAACGUGAGCGCUGUUAGAAGUGUUAUAUUGCAUCUCUGCCAGAAGUGUGUGUGAUGCAGAGUAGAGAUUGGAGAGAGGUUGGUCAGAACGAUGGGAGCUGUUCUGCUGUUCAGAUCACCAACAUGCUGGUGUCAAGAGAAGGCGAGGAAGUCCCAACGCUGACAAAAGAGAGCUCAAAGAUCCAUGCAGAAAGUUUGAAUGCCUCGGACGUGGAAAUGCUGUUGUGGUCGGUUUGUAUGACGUCUGAUUGCUCUGAAACGUACGGAAGAGUAUUGGGACCAGGCAGGAGAAAAAUAAAAAUAUUUUAGAGGACGAAGUUUUUU